GAACGUUGAACGUGAAACAUUGGAACGUUAACGUUAAUUUAACCUUCAUGGUACGCCGCUCACUACCUUUCCAAGAAUCUCAAACGAGUCUUUCUCUGAAAAGUCUGCCAACCUGUUCCACGGAUUUCUUAGAAGUUCUUUGAAAGGAGCGUUCGCUGGAGCCUAAUGCAUAACAUGCCUGACUCCCUUGCGCAAUACCUGGCUUUCGCAGCAUUUACAGAACGCAAUUUUCUGGCGCGAAUCUCGUUUCUAACGACUCGAGGUGUGGAAUUUGUCUUGUUAUUAAUCUCCUGAGACAGAUCGUCUUCCUGUCCCUCUAACCUUCUGUACUAGAGCCUCACUUUGGGAUGAUGUGCAUUGUUCUUUUCAGAUUGCGACCCUCUUAGCUGCAGGUAUGUGGCUCCAGCCCCAUGCGCUGGGUAGAGCCAUGAGCAUUUGAUCGAAUGAGAUGUUCGGCAUACCGUGAGUUCUCCAUCUGAUAACAUACGAACCUCGGAUGACCGCAGUGAUACGUUUCCGAUUCGUUUUUUGUACGUUGCCUUUUCUGGAAAACCAGAUCAAUCUGUGGCGUACGAUUUGUCACAAUCAUUCUUGUUAUGCUUUUGCAAUCGUGACGCUGCCUUCGUUUGUUCAAUUACGCAAACGCGCGACCUUCAUGUUUUUGUUUUCGACUAGUUUUAGCGUCUACACGGGCUAUACAAAAGAACUGCGCCCCAUGUUAUUCAAUCAUUCUUCCGCCCUCUCAACGUUUCAGCAGCCAUGUCUUCUGUACAAACUUCUGCGGUCUCCGACAUAGGGACUUGCGUCCGCGUUAUCCGUACCAAGUCCUCUUCCCACAACCAAAUCGGGAUAGUUACACAAACUAUCAAGGACUACUAUGUCGUCGUCCAAUUCUGCGAUAACGGCGGCAAAGUCUCUAACAAGGUUUUCAAACCCUCCGAUUUGGAGCUUGUCCUACGAACGGAGCUUACCGAUGAGGGCCAGGACCUUCACUCCUCCGAUACAUAAUGGCAUAAACACGGUUUGAACCCAGGUAGACACGAAGCUAUAUACUUACCGUAAGAAGAGAAGCAGUAUUGAACUUCAAUCCAAGUCUUUCAUGUCAGGAAACUUGAAGGCUGUGUUGAUCGAACCUGAUCCUAGCUGAU